AUGUCUGGUACUAACAGUAGUGGUUUUUCUUUUGGAAAUUCAAAUAACCAAGCGAAACCAACAUUUUCAUUUGGUAAUAGUUCAGUAUCUGGAAAUAGUACAACGAAUUCUUCUGUUCCAGUAUUUUCAUUUGGAGGUGCAACAAACACUAACCCAACACCAAAUGCUGGUUCUGUAGGAUCUUCUUCUGGUGGUCUUUUUGGUGGAAAUAUAACUCAAAAUUCUGGAAGUUUAUUUGGAAAUAAAACAUCAACUCAGCCUACAGGAAGUUUGUUUGGAAAUUCAUCAAACACAACUGCACCAACUAGUACUAAUAUUUUUGGUAGUGCAAAAAGUACGACAUCUGGCGGUGGUUUAUUUGGUAACAGUUCGACUACAGUACCAACUACUUCAGCCACAGGAAGUUUAUUUGGAAAUUCAGCAACAACUGCUGGGACUAAUUCUGGUAGCUUAUUUGGAAGUACGCAAUUUUCAACUUCUUCUACUAGUAAUUUAUUUGGAGGUGGGCAACCAACAACUACAAGUACAACAUCUGAAGGGUUAUUUGGAAAUACUACCUCUAACACUACUACAAUUGCAAAUUCCUCAUCUGGAGGAAUAUUUGGUAAAGCAACACCAACACCUGCUACUGGUGGAUUAUUUGGAAACACUUCAGCAGUGACUUUACCUACAGGAAAUGCUUUUAAUAGUACACCAACAGCAAAUAACACUUUAUCUUCUGACAGUCUUUUCAAAAAUACCUCUGUAAAGACAUCUUUGCCAUCAACAGGUAGCUUGUUUAAUAGCACUCCGACACCAACCACAGAAUCGUCUACUAAAGGAUUAUUUGGAACCACAUUAACAGGUGCAACUGCUUCAGGUGGUAGUAGUCUUUUUGGUGAUAUAGCAACAUCAAAACCCAUAGCUUCUACACCUAGUAAUGUUUUUGGUAGUACGACAACAGCUACAGCAUUUUCCGGUCAAAGCACUGGUAGUCUUUUUGGAAGUACUCCAGCAACGACAACAACUGCAGGACUUUUUGGAAGUGCUCCAACAACAACUACUGUUACUUCUACAACUAGUGUUUCACUUGGGAGCGUUCCAACAACAACAACUUCUUCAACAGUUGGUGGACUUUUUGGAAGCGCCACUUCAACAAAUAAAGAAUCUACUACUGGGACAUUAUUUGGCGGUAUAUCUACAACUACGCCAAGUGAUAGUAGUCGUUUAAGUAGUACAACAGCAACAACAACGACAUCUUCUGUUUCAGUAGCCGGUAGUCUUUUUGGAAGUGCCUUACCAACAACAACAACAACAACAUCAUCGACUGGUGGAUUGUUUGGAAGUGCUACUGUAGCUACAACAACUACAUCUUCAUCUGGUGGUAGUCUUUUUGGUUCUACACCAAGUUCAGCUACUCAAUUAACACCUAAAUCUGGAGGAAAUUUAAAUUCUAUUUCAAGUAUUGUGACGCCAUCAAGUUCAAAACCAAAUGACACAAAUAUUUUUAAAACACCUGUAACUAGUACUGCAACAAUACAAUCUCCACAUGGUUCAAUUUCAUUAGGAGAUCCAAAGGCAUCAUCCACACCACAUUCAAAUAGAUUGGGAGGAACUGGAUUAAAUGUUAAUGAAACAUCAUUGGCUGAUUCAGGAAAAAAACAAACCGUUGACACAACAAAACCUAUGAUUUACAAGAAAUUUGAACAACAUCUUGAUCGUCUAACAAUUGAUUUUAUAGCUCAAGAAAAAUCUUUUUUAAACAACGCUUUAGAAUUAAAUGCGUAUGAUACUGUUUUAAAACAAAAUCAGAAUAAUAUUGUUAAUGUAUCUAAUGAAUUAACACAAUUGGAGAAAGACAAAGAUGUUCUCAAAUAUGAAGUAGAACUUCUUGGUCAACAACAACGUGAUUUAGAUGCAAUUGUCACUGAAAUGGAAAAAAGUGUUGGACUUGGUGAUUGGACACAGAACGAGCCUGUUGGUUUCAAACCUGGUACUAGUCUUGGUUAUUGUGAUAUUAACAGACAAAAAAUAUUCCAACUUCAGCUUAAUGUAGAUGUGCAAUUAAAACAAGCUGAUGAUGAUAUAAAUGAAGUUAUGGAUCAAGUAUAUCAAUUAAUGAAUCUUAUUGAACCAACACCCUCACCAGCCAGUAUUGGAGGUGAAAAUGGUAAGGGUGAUGAUGUUGUAAAAGAUAUUCAACAAGUUCUUGUAAAUCAAAUAGAUAAGAUUCAUUGGGUCAAAGAACAAACACAAUCUUUGGUUGAAAAAAUGAACAAAAUACACGAUACUUUAGGGUAUUAA